CCUCUCUCUGCUCUUCCUCACUUCUUCUGCUCUUCCUCUCGCUCUCUCUCUCUCUUUAAAUUUUAUCUCUUUCUCUCUCUAAAUUUAAGAACCAGAGGAAACAAUCUACGAAACCCGCAGGAAUCCUUUUGUCUCUCUCUAUUCUUGCACUGGUUAUAUUUGUGCUCUCUUUCACUGUACUGUACUAUCUCUCUGUAGUUUGGAGCUUCAGUCCUCAAAUUUACAGCGCAUGAAUCGCCAGCCCACUCGCUCUACAUUUUAUUUUUUACCCUGUUUUGAGGCCCCAUUACGCACUUGAUAUACUGUGUAUUCAUUUCCUGAGAAAAAAGGUUUCCUCUGGUUUUGUGAAUCCAUCACUUCUAUUUCCUUGAAAACGCAAACACAUGCCAUUUGUUUCUCUCUCCUCUUUGUGUCCCUCCGCUAUUUCUAAGAAACCAAUGGGCGAUCAAAAACCAGAGUGUCUCACGAAACCCCCCUCUGCAACUCAGGUAAUGGAGGAGCUGAAGGAGCUGGGAAGCAUGACCAUCCCAAUAGCUGCCAUGAACUGUGUGGUUUACAUUCGAGCCAUGGUAUCGGUACUCUGUUUAGGCAGGCUUGGUAGCCUUGAACUUGCAGGUGGGGCUCUCUCCAUUGGCUUCACAAACAUCACAGGCUACUCUGUUCUCUUUGGCCUGGCCUCGGGCAUGGAACCCAUCUGUAGCCAAGCGUUCGGCUCGAAGAACUGGACCUUAAUGGGUCACUCUCUUCAACGAACGAUCCUCAUCUUGCUCUCAGCUUGUGUACCCAUCUGUCUCCUAUGGCUCAACCUCAACAGGAUCAUGGUUUGGUCGGGUCAGGACCUCCAAAUCACGGCCAUGGCUUCCACCUACUGCAUGUUCUCGCUUCCUGAUCUUCUAACAAAUAGCUUUCUUCAACCUUUGAGAGUUUAUCUCCGCUCUCAAGGAAUUACUAAACCCAUGAUGUAUUGCUCAGCUCUGGCGGUGCUCCUUCACAUUCCUCUCAAUAUACUCCUCGUUUUCGUUCUCGGAUUCGGAGUACCAGGCGUUGCUAUAUCAGCUGUACUCACGAACCUGAACAUGGCGCUAUUCCUUCUUUUGUAUAUGUAUAUUUCAGGCUCGUGCAAGAAGACAUGGAGUGGGUGGUCCAAGGAGGCCCUGACCCAGUGGUGCCCACUGCUAGCCCUGGCGUUACCUAGCUGCCUCGCUAUCUGCUUAGAGUGGUGGUGGUACGAGCUCAUGACGCUGCUCGCCGGCUAUCUCCCCAACCCUAGGGUUUCGGUGGCUACGACCGCCAUCUUGAUCCAAACCACCAGCCUGAUGUACACCGUGCCCAUGGCCUUGGGCGCCUGCGUUUCGACGCGGGUGGGAAACGAGCUGGGGGCUGGCAAGCCAUGCAGGGCACGCUUGGCCACUCUGGUGGCCCUGGGGUGCGCCUUCGCGGUGGGGCUCUUCAAUGUGGCCUGGACCACCGCGCUGAGGCACGAGUGGGCGCAGGUGUUCACGCGCGACGAGGGCGUGGCUGCCAUGGCCGCCGCGGUGCUGCCCUUGAUGGGUUUGUGCGAGCUCGGCAACUGCCCUCAGACAACGGGGUGCGGCGUGCUGCGCGGUAGCGCCCGUCCUUCCAUCGGUGCGCGCAUAAACCUGGGCUCAUUCUACUUUCUGGGCACGCCCGUGGCCCUCGGACUGGCGUUUUGGCUCAAGGUCGGGUUCGGGGGCUUGUGGUACGGUCUGCUCUCGGCUCAAGUGUCCUGUGCGGUGUCCAUACUCUAUGUGGUUUUCCGGACCGAUUGGGCAAUCGAGGCGGCUCGGUCCCGGGUGCUGGCUGGGUUCGGUGGGGGCGACCUAGAGAUGGAGGCACGUGCCGUGGCCAAGGCGUGUGAUGAGGAGCACGGGUGCGUCGCUCGUGUUGGUGAGUUCGAGGAAGCGGAUGCUUUGUUGGCGCGCGGUGUUGUAGAGGAGGCCUAAAAAAUUGUCAUAGUUAGAGAGAGAGAGAGAGAGGGAGAGAGAAAAAUAUAGUAAUGCAAAUGAAGUAUACUUUUUCUUGCUGUUUGUCACUUUCUUUUGUUGUACAUUUGUGCUUAUGGUCCCUUGGCCCAUCUUGUACGUUUCAGAAGCAAAAAAGAAAGCGAGAAAUGAUUGAGAAAGAGAGGGAAGCAAAAAUGGACAAAGAAGAAGAAAAUAAAGCAGUAAUGGAAGUAUAAGUCGGGUUGUGUG